AUGCGGAGUCCACCGAGAAAAUUAUCUGGAUAUGAAGUUUUUGAACAAGUUAAAGAUCUUGAGGUCAUCUUUGGUAAAAAGCCAGUGAAAGAAAAAUCGGUAAAAAGAACACGUGAGGGACAACCUAUAGAAGGUGAUAGUACACAUUGUGAUCCUACCCAAGGUCAUCCUCAACAAUGGAAAAAGAAAAGCAUAUUUUUUGAACUUCCGUAUUGGAAGGAUAAUCUUCUACGCCAUAAUCUUGAUCCGAUGCAUAUUGAGAAAAAUGUGUGCGAUAAUGUCCUAUUUACUUUACUAAAUGAUAGAAAAAAGAGUAAAGACCAUUAUAAAGCUAGAGAAGACCUUCAAAAUAUGGGCAUAAGACCUGAUCUUUGGCCAGAUGAAAAUGGUAGAAUUUCUCCGGCAACUUUUAGUUUAACGGGUAAAGAUAAAAGGAAUUUUUUAACAACUUUAAGGAAUAUUAAGGUGCCUGAUGGUUAUUCAAGCAACAUUUCUAGAUGCAUUAACUUAGUAAAUCUCAAGGUGAAUGGAAUGAUGAAGAGUCAUGAUUGUCAUAUAUUAAUGGAACAACUUCUACCAUUAGACAUUCGUACAACAUUACGUUAUGAGAUUUCAUCAGUUUUGAUUGAGUUGUGCUCAUUCUUUAGACAAUUAUGUGCUAAGGUAUUGAAUCUUGAAGACUUGGAAAAAUUGCAAAACCAAAUAUUCCUCACUUUAUGCCACAUGGAAAUGUUAUUUCCUCCCUCGUUCUUCACGGUUAUGGUUCACUUGGUUGUUCACCUUGUUGAAGAAGUUAAACUUGGAGGUCCUGUUCAUUAUCGAUGGAUGUAUCCUGUUGAAAGGUACUUGGGAAAACUUAAAUCAUAUAUACGUAAUAAGGCAAAACCAGAAGGGUCUAUUGCGGAAGGAUACCGUUUUGAAGAGAUUCUCACAUUUUGUUCAAGAUAUCUAGAAAACAUUGAGACUAGAUGGAAUCAACCUGGACGUGUAGAUGAUGAUCCUAUUGGUGAUAUCCAAACAGGUUCACGUGUAGCAGAAUUAUUUCCUAGAAUUGGAAAACCUGUGGGUGGAUCUUCAUAUUACACCCUAACACCAAUUGAGAAGUUGCAGUUUCGAAGUAUUACUCAGAACCAAAUGAGGCAUAGUCAAAGAAGUGCUACCGAGAUAGACAAGAAGGUUCAUAGAGAGUUUGCUCAUUGGUUCCGCAAUCGAAUUUGCAACAAUCUUGACAACAUUGAUGGAGUAGAUAAAGAUGUUCUCAUUAGCCUUGCUUAUGGCCCUUUUGAUAAAGUUAAAAGGUUUACCGCGUUCAAUGUCAAUGGAUUCAAGUUUCGAAUGUUGGAACGAGACAAUUCUUUAAAAACUCAAAAUAGUGGAGUUUUUGGCAUGUUUGGGACACGGAGUUAUUCAAGCAAUAGUGAUACCCAAAUGAGAUUUGGAGGGGUCCCUUACUAUGGAAGAUCGAUAGACUUUAUUGUGCUUUCUUAUGAUGGCUUCACAGUGCCCAUGUUUAAAUGUGAAUGGGCUAAUACAACAAACCCAAGAGGCAUUAAGAUAGAUAAGUUGGGUUUUACCUCUAUAAACUUUGCAAGACUACUACAUACUGGGGAACAUGAAGAUAAUGAGCCAUACAUUCAAGCGUCCGAAGCUCAGAUGGUUUUUUAUGUGGAUGAUGAGAGUGAGCAAGGAUGGAGCAUACCUGUUCAUUUGAAGCUAAGAGACUUGUAUGACAUGGGUGGAAAUGAUGAAAUUAUGACACCCAUUGAGCCAUAUCCAUCACAAAAUUUGGAACAAGUUUUUUCUAAUGAUGAUCUUGGAACUUCAGCAGAAAAUGAUGACAAUAAUUAA